UCUCUCUACUCCAAUACUAUCUGAUCUGAACCCAAAUGAAACACCAAGAAAACUAAUAAUCCAAUUGGAUCAUACCAAAAGGGAAAUGGCACAAGAGGCGCGACUGAACCUCCGAAUGCAAAAGGAGCUUAAGCUCCUUCUCACUGACCCACCUCCCUGCGCCUCCUUUCCUUCUCUCACUUCUUCUUCCUCUCUUUCCUCCAUUCAUGCCCAAAUUGAAGGCCCUGAAGGAACUGUGUAUGCUAAAGGACUCUUUAACCUCAAAAUUCAGAUACCCAAAAGGUACCCGUUUCAGCCACCGAUUGUGACUUUCGUAACGCCAAUUUAUCAUCCAAAUAUUGACAAUGGUGGCCGUAUUUGCUUGGAUAUUCUCAAUCUUCCUCCAAAGGUUAGCCAAUUCAUGAUGGUUGGGUUUUUACUGCUCAUUAGUCAAUACAUUAGUUCUUCAGUAUAUGUAUAGCAAUAACUGGCUUUUAUUUCUGUAGGAUCCAGUAAAAAUAUUACUAUAAUUUUAACUAAGCAAUAAGGAAUGAUUUGGUCUGAAUUCCUCAUGAGCAUCUAAAUUUGGUAAUGAAAAACUUUAAUUCACUUGUAUGAUCAAAUGGAUGGAUUAAAAAUUCCUCUCAGAGCCGUGGGAUUUGCCUUUGUCUUUGUUUAUACUGUACUUUGCCUUCUAGAUGUGGAAGCUAAAAAAGCAUUGCAACUGUCAUAUAUUCAUAUAGCAGUAGCAUACUGCUGUGUCAAAUCCGUGAUACAGUGUGAAGUGAAGGGAAUUUGAAAGUUGCCUUAUUUUGGUGGAAGUAUACAUAUCAUUUGUUGUUGGUUUCAAAGUGUUGGCAGAAACAUAAUAGUUAGACCUGCAUAAGUUAUGAGCUUGUAGAAGUCAUCAAUGUCCAUAACAUCUGAUCUGUUAAUUGCUUUUAAGUCCAAUCGAUAUUAAUCCCUGGUUAAGAUUGUCUGACAUGGAAUGGAAUAGUUUGGACGCUGACUGCAACUAGCAUUUGAUAUCUUUUAUGUGCACCUUUCGCGUCUACGAGCAAUCUGACUGCUUAGUGGAUUUCACUCAUCUCUAUAGCUUAUACAAUUUGUUUCUUAAAAUCAUUUUUCUUAGUGUUUGAGUAAAUAUUAAGCUUGUGCUAUGUAUCUCUAAAUUCGUACUUGGUGCGAUAGAAGUGUACUAGUUUAAUUAUUUUCCUGAAUAACGUAUAAAGACUGGGCUUGCACAAUAUUUUUGAAGAAAUAAUGUGUGCAAGCAUUCUUGCUCUUUUUAUCUUUGUUACUCGGACUCUUCAAAAAUGUUGUUGGGUGCGUGUCGGAUCAUCCAAAUUUAGUGCAUGUUUGGAGGAUCCGACACGGGUGCGGCAGUACUUUUGAAGAGUCCGAGCAACAUAGCUUUUUAUGACUUCCCAAUGAAUCUACCUUAUGUGCUGUAUUCAAAUCAAUUCGUUGUUCUCAAAUGAUAAUGUACAUAAUUUCUGCUUUUGCUGCUUGUCGGUUGUGCAUCGAAGGCUCAAAUCUUCUCUAGAAAGGCUUUCAAGCAAUCAUCGCAUAUAUAACUGAUCAAGUACUGGUAUACAUUUUUGCUUGAAUUAUCUUGUUGCACUUCAUGCAAAUGGAUCUAAUGUUUUAAGAGUCUUAACAUGCUAAAAUUCUACUUAUGUAUUACAGAAUAAUAGCUCAACUUAACCGCCAAAAUUUCCAUUUUUACUACUGUUUUCUUGAAUCUCUGAUAUUCUACCAUUUGGGUACAUGUAAUUUUUUAUAUCUACCAUUCUAUAAUAACUUUCAUAAAAUUUUCAAAUCUUAAUGUCUUGACUAAGGUGGUGUACGACCAACCUAGGAUUAAGUGGGGAGCCUUGACUAAGGCAAAUGCUCAAGAGUUAGGGGAGAAGCUGUUGGCCAUGGGGGCCUGGAGGAGUAUUGGGGACGCGAGUAGUAUGUGGACCACGACAGCGAACUGUAUUAAGGAAGUUGCUAGAAAGGUGUUAGGGGUAGCGAAGGGUUAUUCGGGAGGCCACAAAGUGGACUGGUGGUGGAAUGAGGUGGUCCAAGGAAAAGUGGAAGCGAAGAAAGUGGCAUAUUUGAAGCUAGUGGGGAGAACGAAUGAAGAGGAGAAGAUGACGUGUAGGGAGUGUUAUAAGAAGGCAAGGAAAGAGGCAAAAUUGGCUGUCACGGCGGCUAAGACGGUAGCUUUUGAGCGAUUGUAUGAGGAUCUUGGAGGCAAAGGAGGAGACAAGACGUUGUAUAGGUUAGCCAAGAUUAGGGAGAGGAAGGCGCGGGACCUGGACCAAGUGCGGUGCAUCAAAGACGAAGAUGGUAAGGUUCUGGUGAAAGAGGCGUGUAUCAGGCGUAGAUGGCAGGAGUACUUCCAUGGAUUCUUGAACGAGGGAGAAGACAGGAACAUCGUGCUAGGUGAGAUGGAAAACUCAGGGAGUCAGAGGGAUUUUGGGUUUUGUAGGCGUAUUAGGAGCGAAGAGGUUGUGGGGGCAAUGCGGAAGAUGAGCAGGGGUAAAACGACUGGACCUGGCAAGAUUCUAGUGGAAUUUUUGAAUGAAGUGGGCCAGGCAGGCUUGGAAUGGCUUAUUGGGUUGUUUAAUGUCAUUUUCAGGACGAAGAAACAAAGGUGAUAUUCAGGACUGCAACAACUAUAAGGUAUCAAGCUGCUGAGUCAUACUAUGAAAAUUUGGGAGAGGGUGGGGGAGAGGAGGGUGCAAUGCGACGUAGUAUUACUAUUUUUUCGAGAAUCGGUUCGGAUUUAUGCCGCGACGGUCUAUUACAAAAGCUAUUCACCUUGUGAGGAGAUUGGUGGAGCAGUAUUAGCGAGAGGAAGAAGUACCCAAAUUCUCAAAAGUCAGCUUGUAAUUACUCAAAGGAACUGAAAU